ACCUGCCGAAGAGAGGGUCUCGGGAGCAGCUCAGAGCCAAUCGCUGGGCAGGGGCGGAGGGAGAGGCUGGAGAAGCUCCCGGAGGCGUGCGCGCAGGCGCACUGGAUGGCACCUGGCUCGCGGCAGCCGCGGAAUUAGGCUUCGCUUGCCACAAUUGCGGGACAAAGAUGGCCAGACUGCUUGUGGCGGUGAGCACCCCUCAGUGCUCCUGGGGCUGAGGCUGGGCUGGCCGCCAUGGAGCUGGGUGGGCCCUGGGCCUGGCUGCUGGGCCUGCCCACAGCCGUGGUCUAUGGCUCCCUGGCCCUCUUCGUCUCCGUCCUGCACAACGUGUUCCUGCUUUACUAUGUGGACACCUUUGUCUCAGUAUACAAGAUCAACAAAGCUGCCUUCUGGGUGGGAGAGACGGUGUUUCUCCUCUGGAACAGCCUCAACGACCCCCUCUUCGGCUGGCUGAGUGACCGUCAGUUCCUCAGCUCCCAGCCCUGGUCAGGUGCUGGGCUCUCCUCGAGGGCUGUGGUGCUGGCACGGGUGCGGGCGCUGGGCUGGCAUGGGCCGCUGCUGGCACUGUCGUUCCUGGCGUUCUGGGUGCCCUGGGCCCCGGCUGGCCUGCAGUUCCUGCUGUGCCUGUGCCUGUACGAUGGCUUCCUGACGCUCGUGGACCUGCACCAUCACGCCUUGCUGGCCGAUCUGGCCCUCUCCGCCCACGACCGCACCCACCUCAACUUCUACUGCUCCCUCUUCAGUGCGGCUGGCUCCCUGUCUGUCUUUGCCUCCUACGCCUUCUGGAACAAGGAGGACUUCUCUUCCUUCCGCGCCUUCUGUGUGGCACUGGCCGCCUGCUCUGGGCUGGGCUUUGUAGGAGCCACACGGCUGCUGAGGCGGCGGGUCGAGGCGGCCGGCAGGGAGCCGGGGUGCCCAUCCCUGGCUGUGGACGGUGGCCUCGGUGAAGAAGAGCUGCUUGUGGGCGGCAAGGAGGCAGGCAGCAUCACCUUGGGCCAGUACCUGCGGCAGCUGGCACGCCACCGGAACUUCCUGUGGUUCGUAGGCAUGGACCUGGUGCAGGUCUUUCACUGCCACUUCAACAGCAACUUCUUCCCCCUCUUCCUGGAGCAUCUACUGUCAGAUCAUAUUUCCCUCUCCACGGGCUCCUUCCUGUUGGGCAUCUCCUAUGUCGCUCCCCAUCUCAACAACCUCUACUUCCUGCCCCUGUGUCGGCGCUGGGGUGUCUACGCUGUGGUGCGCGGGCUUUUCCUGCUUAAGCUGGGUCUGAGCCUGCUCAUGCUGCUGGCUGGCCCCGACCAUCCUGGUCUGCUCUGCUUCUUCAUUGCCAGCAACCGUGUCUUCACCGAGGGCACCUGUAAGCUGUUGACUUUGGUGGUCACUGACCUGGUGGAUGAGGACCUGGUGUUAAACCACCGUAAGCAGGCGGCCUCAGCGCUUCUCUUUGGCAUGGUGGCUCUGGUGACCAAGCCAGGCCAGACCUUUGCCCCACUGCUGGGUACCUGGCUGCUGUGCUUCUACACAGGUCACGAUCUCUUCCAGCAGCCUCCACUCACCCCUGUGGGGAGUGCCCAGCCCUGGCCAGAGCCCCCGGCCCCACCCCCAGCACAGGCCCCCACGCUCCGCCAGGGCUGCUUCUACCUGCUGGUGCUGGUGCCCAUCACCUGUGCUCUGCUGCAGCUGUUCACCUGGUCCCAGUUCACACUGCACGGGAGACGCCUGCACAUGGUCAAAGCCCAGCGCCAGAACCUGGCACGGGCCCAGACUCUGGAUGUUAAGACAGUGUGAUGGAUGCGGCAAGGCCACCCUACUGAGGACACUACCUGCAGCCCUGGGCAGCCAGCCCAGGGUCCUGCUCCUCCGCUUUCCUGCGGUACAGCUUGGAGGACAGAUGGCAGAGUGGGAGCUCCUGAGGCUGAGCCAGGAGCGUCACUGAGGUCUAAGUUCCUGCCCAGCUGUCUGGCCCAGCUUGGGCAAGGGCUGGGCCAUUUGUGCUCAGGGACCUGCUUCCUCCUCCGGAGGAGCGGGGGAAGAGAGGGCCAAGAAAGGAUGGGGCUGCCCUGUGGCCACAUGGGGUCACUGCGGGGAAGGGAGGCCUGUCCCCCUAUGGGCUGGGGCUGGAGCUGUGUGAGCUUGGGAACCACUUUCUCCCAGUCAGGGGAAGCUGACUCUAAGUGCCACCAGCCCCUUCCAGUGGUUUCUCUCAGAAUUCUCUGCUUCAGCUAUGCCUGGAGUAGCAUGGCCCCAGCUGCUGCAGGGCCCCCCCAUCCCCACCCAGCCUCUAAAUGAGGUUCAUUUCAUCACAGACUGAUUAAACUCAGUCAUGUCUCUUCCA